CUCUCCCCACACACACACCCUCUUUCCCAACAGACGACUCUCCGCUCCGACUCUCUUAGUUGCGAAGCACUUAGCAGCGAGGAUGCCAUCGGGAGACGAUGACACGUGGCACGACGACCGCCCGUCGCCAAUCAGCCCCGCGACAGCGCGCACUCCUCGCCGCGGGUUACCACGCCCUCGUGCGAUACUCUUCGUUCUCUUCGCCAUCCUCGUCGCAGGCUGCCUCACCGCCGUGCAAAUCGUCACAUGGGCGUUUAGCCCGGGACGAGGGGUGGAGGCGGAGUUGAGCCACGUCAGCAGCAUGCACAGCCCCGGUGCCGUGGCUACUGCCGUAGCUGCCGCUGCUGAGGCUCGGAAACAUGCUGCUGCUGCCGCCGCCGCCGCUGCUGCUGCUGCUGCUGCUGCUGCUGACUCUGUUGGUUCUGCUGCUAAUAAUGCUUCUAAUGGCUCUGCUACCGGUGCUGCUGCUGCUGGCACUGCUGCUGCUAGUGGUGAUGCUAGUGACACGAACGAGAGUGAUUAUGGUGACGGGGCCAUCGAGUCAGCAGAUAAAAUUACCACUUUAGAUCGAGACAUUUACUAUUCCGACCUGCAAAUACUCCAUCUCAACUACGGUCUGCGCCAAAAAACCUCUCUCCUCUCCCUCAACUGCUUCGGCAAACCCUGCCCGGACUUCUCAGGCAGCUGCGGAAAACUUUUCCCCAACAUUUCAGCCUGCUGGAACGAGGGAUUAGUGGACGAGGGGUAUGUUAAGCCGCCCACUCCGGUCAACUGCCCGAAAAUAGAUAAUGUGAAGGACCUCAGGCCGGAGGGAAGGGACACGAGCUGCAGCCAUUACACGGACUUUCACUGGCACGACCAGGCGGCUUAUCAGGUGUUUCGCCUGAGUAACGUGUUUAUAAACGACGAUGGCAACGUGUUCAACUCAACCACUCUCUUCAACAAGGGCGACUGCAACGGACAUCUAAAUUUCUCUUUCGGGGCUAGAAAGACCCGAGUGCACCACGUGCAGAGAGCCGUAUCCAUCGUCUACCGUCAGGCCGACGCCUUCUACCACGGCUUCAUCGAGUGGCAGCCGACCUUCUAUAUCCUGCGAGCCGUGCUCGCUGCUCACCCCGACAUCCCCCUGCUAGCCCGGCCCUCCCAGUGGCGCUUCUACCAUCGCACCAUCCAAUACUUUGUCGGAGUCAGAACCAAAGCCAUGCGCCGUCUAGCCAUUCCCGAGGGCGAUCUCUUCCAUGUGGGGGAGCUUUACCUGCCGCUCUACCAGAGCUGUGGGAAUCCCUCUCCUGCCAUCUGGCGCACCCUUCGUUACAAUCACCUCCUGCUUCCUAAUGGGUUACCGUACUUUUAUAGUGACAGGUGGCAGCUGCGCAGCGUGCCACAUGGUGGUGAUUCUUCAGAGAUUUUCUCAGGCAGCCCUGCUGACGGGCUGGGUAAUGCAAGCGUGGGAUUCGGAGGGCGGGGAAAUUUGUCGAAGGUUUUUCCGCUGCCCAGGGAUUGGAUUGUGGUGGUGGUGCAGCGGCUUGGGGCCAAGGGCAGGACGAUGAAGCAGUUCAGGCAGCUGCUGGGGGCAGUGGAGAAACUUUUCGGGGCGGGCAGAGUCCGAAUAUUCAACGGCACUCAGAGUGUCUAUGAAACUCGUGAUCUUUUCAGCAAGGCCCGUCUUCUGGUGGCUGGGCAUGGGGCGGGGAUGUCCCAUAUGAUCUUUAUGCCGCCCAACGGUACAGUACUGGAGAUUCGCCCGGAUACGUAUGAUAACGCCUGCUUUCAUCAUCUUUCACAUGCCUGCGAUUUGAAUUACUAUCUUGUUUUUGGGAAGGGUGCCCGGCUGAAGCCUUUGACGUUUGAUAAGCAGAAAGUGGUGAAGGUCUUGAGACAAAUAAAGCAGAGCUUCGGACAUCCUCGUUAUUGGUAGCCAUCGUUUAUACACCAUUUUCCCUGAGUUGAGUUGAGACUGUCGCCCCUCAGAUUUC